AUGGCAGAUAUCUCAACUUGCCCUCCCUUAACAAGGGAUUCUGUUAUCGUGGCACAUCGUCUCAUCGAGUCUCAUGUGCAUUUAACUCCAGUCAUGACAAGUAGCUACAUAAACGAGCUUGCUUCAGCGCCAAGAGAUCUCGCUUCCUUUGCUAGCCAGAAUAGUGAUUCGAAGCCCGCCAAACCUCAACUCAGAUUGUGGUUCAAAUGCGAGAACUUUCAACGUGCUGGGGCUUUCAAGGCACGAGGAGCAUUCCAUGCUAUUGAAAGACUAAAGCUGGAGCCCGGGUGGGCCGAGAGUGGUGGAAAAGAGAAGGGCGUUGCCACACAUAGCUCAGGUAACCAUGCACAAGCCCUUGCACUAGCCGCCCGAGAAAACGAUAUGCCUGCUCAUGUUGUGAUGCCAUCAAUCACAAUACCCAGCAAGGUAGCUGCUACCAAAGGCUAUGGGGCAAAUGUUAUCUUCAGUACUCUUACAGAUCGCCUGGCUGUAGCUGAGAAGGUCGUGGCUGAAACAGGCGCACGCCUUGUUCCGCCGUACGAUCACCCUGACAUCAUAUUGGGACAGGGAACAAUGGGUCUCGAGCUACAGAAGCAGGUCAAGGGUCUUAAAGGCAUUAUUACUCCUUGCAGUGGUGGUGGGAUGUUGUCCGGGGUGGCAUUGAGUUGCGAAAACACCGGCAUCAAAGUCUUCGGAGCUGAACCGUCAUUUCAAGGAGCGGAUGAUGCCAAGCGUGGCAUAGAACAAGGAUCGAGGAUUACCUCUGUCGAUAGCAUGUCCAUUGCGGACGGGCUACGCUCCUACUUGGGCGUCCAUCCCUGGGGUAUCCUCUACGAACGGAAGCUUGUUCACAGCAUGUACAGUGUAUCAGAAGAGGAAAUCAAGGCGGCCAUGAAGCUGAUUCUAGAAAGGAUGAAAUUGUUCGUUGAACCAAGUGCCGCGGUACCACUUGCUGUAGUUUUGUUUAACGAGGAUUUCCGGUCUAUGGUUGAGAAAGAGGCGCAGGCGGAUGUUUGGGACCUGGGCAUCGUAUUGAGUGGUGGAAAUACUACAGCCGAUGGUAUUGCGAAACUCUUGACUGAGUAA